AUGGAAUCAAACGGUCAAAAUCUGAACAGUGAUGUUGUUUACUGCCCAAGAUGUCCGUCCAUUAUUUAUCGACCACAUACCGCCUUUUCUACCAAUGGUGAAUUUUCACUUCCGAUUAUCGCCAGAAAGUCGGAGCUCCUUCAGAAUGGUGACUCAUUUCCUCGUCAAAUGGAGACGGAAUUCUGGACGGUGAAAAAUAUGACGGAUUUUGAGAAUGUGGGAUUUUGCUUAGCCGUAGAUAAUAUCAAAUACUUGAUCUGUGCUGACUGUGAGAUUGGACCACUGGGUUAUCACGAUACGAAAUCUGUCACCGAGGGUAAACCCCUUUUUCAUAUUUGUGCAUCGAGGGUCCGAACGUCUUUGAUUCCCAAGGAGAAAGAUGGAGAAAAGCCUGUAACCGAAUCCGAAGCAAACCCUGUGAAUGUCUCUGCUUCUUAA